AAAACAUUCUAAUCAGCUGCGCUGAUCCUGGUAUGUGACUUGCCAGCAUGGCUGUGUAUGCGAUGGACUUUGACUGGCACAGCGACCGCAGUCAUGACAAGAAUGUCAAGCCUUUUCGUAUGGACCGAUGGAGAUGUCGAAGACUACUGUGGAGGGGAGGAGUUAGGCCCAGAGGUGUUUUCUAUGCACAUGGGCUUCAGAUCCCCCAUGCAACGCGCCUCGAGCAGUUCGGCCGCCUCGAUGGCAGUGAAGAUGAGCGAUGAACACUUUCCGACUCUGCCGGAACGCAUCCCAUCUGACAGGACAUGGCGUUCCAUGCUUUUCCGAGUGCCCGACAGUUGCGAGUGCGUCUUCUGGGCUUUGACUCUCAGGUUUGUGUACAAGAGUCCGAGUUCGGCCAGGCGAUGACUCAUUAUGAAGGGUUGUUGCAAUUUGAAAGGUGAGGUGGGAGAAGGUGGUCCUCAAACUGCCAAAGACACCGAAAGGACUAAAUAGUGCCUUGGUCAACUUGGGUGGGGAUCCGAAGCAGUUUUGUUUGAGCUAAUUAUAUCAAGAAUAUCUUGGGUGCAACUAACUUGACUCAUGUCGCUCGCGCAUGUGGUUUGUAUGUGGCACGCAAUCAGGUUGUUUCAGGCUCAUUAGCUGUCUCGAGAUCGCAAGAAGCCUCAACUCGUGAGCAUGGUAGCCGCUGACUUGUCUAGCAAGCUGAAGCGCACCAAGAUUUGCAAGUUUUGGGUCUUCAACAGGUGCACCUUGGGUGAAGCUUGUACUUUCGCACACUCCACUUGCGACCUCCAAGAGCAGCCAGACCUGGUCAAGACUGAGCUAUGCUUCCAGUUCAUGUCCAAGGGCCAAUGCAAACGUGGAGCUGCCUGCACUUUUGCGCAUGGCAAGAAGGAGCUCCGCAAGCCUCGCAAGGAGAUGCCGAAAAGCGCUGCUUUGGCACAUGGCAAGAUGAGCGCAGAGGCGCAGGAAUGCCUUUCAGAGACGGAGGCGAAGCCGGAACCAGUAGCUCCGCCCUCGGAGAUCUUCGCAGAGCUCCACCAGCGGAUCGAGCAUGCGGAAUCCGCGCUUAAGGGUGUGAAUGCCAUGGUGAUGCACAUCAACAUGAUGUCGCACAGCGUCCCCAACACCUUCCGUCCACCUCCCGGGUUGCCGCCGCCGGAAUGCUUGAAGGAGGAUGAUGCUGAUACUGCCAGCACGACGGCCAGCACACAGUCCUCCACCCCGUCGACGCCUCGGGAGAAUCAGAGUGAGCCAGCCAGCCCCACCAACCAGAUCUUCUGGUUGUGAAUCAUUCUAACGUCGUCAGCGGUGUGGCGCGCUGUUCUGGGCCUGAGCAAUGAAUCUUUUGCAGCUUAGCAGCUCUUUUUGACU